AUGGCUGAAAACUCCAAAUUUAUCAAAUACAUUGAUAAAGCUUUGGAAAAAUCGAAAGAAACUGCGCUUUCUCGCUUAUUUUUCACCUAUCAAGAGAUUCUUUACCCAGUCACCAUGUGUACCUUUGAAACUUUCCAAGCCCUGGACACCUUUGAAGCCAGAAGUGAUGACAUUGUGCUAGCAUCUUAUCCAAAGUGUGGCUCGAAUUGGAUUCUACACAUUGUCAGUGAAUUAUUAUUUGCUGCUUCUAAAAAAAAGUAUGAACAUUCAGAAUUCCCUGUACUUGAAUGUGGGGACUCAGGAAAAUAUCAGAGAAUGAAGCAGUUUCCAUCGCCAAGGAUUAUGACAACUCACCUGCGUUAUGACAGAUUACCCGGCUCCAUCAUCACAAAGAAGGCCAAGAUUUUGGUUAUAUUUCGGAACCCUAAAGAUACGGCAGUAUCUUUUUUUCAUUUCCACAACAAUGUCCCUGAUAUUCCCAGCUAUGGUUCCUGGGAUGAAUUCUUCAGACACUUCAUGAAAGGAGAAGUUUCUUGGGGAAGUUAUUUUGAUUUUGCAAUGAGUUGGAACAAGCAUCUUGAUGAUGAAAACGUUAAGUUCAUACUAUAUGAAGACCUAAAAGAGAAUCUGGCCACUGGAAUAAAGCAAACUGCUGAGUUCUUUGGAUUCUCUGUAACUGAGCAGCAAAUUCAAGCUAUCUCAUCCCAGAGCACCUUCCACGCAAUGCGAGCCAAGUCACAGGAAACACACGGUGCUGUUGGACCUUACCUGUUCCGCAAAGGUGAAGUUGGUGACUGGAAAAAUUUGUUCAGUGAAACUCAGAACCAGGAAAUGGAUGAAAAAUUCAAAGCAUGCCUGACAGGCACUCCCCUGGGAGCGAAGCUGAAGUACGAAUCAUAUUGCCAAGCUUGAAUCUGCUCCAUUCAGCAGG